AUGGAACCCAGUGAAAUGCCUGCUGUUCUCCACUGCCCCUCAGACUUGGGACCUCUGGGGGAGUCCCAGGCCCCCCAAGGCAUGGAGUUUAUCCAGGCCAGAAGAGCUACAAGCCGGUCCCCAACCUGCGCCCGCUGCCGCAACCACGGGGUCACCGCCCACCUCAAGGGCCACAAGCGCCUCUGCCUUUUCCAGGCGUGCGAGUGUCACAAGUGUGUCCUCAUCCUGGAGCGCCGAAGAGUCAUGGCUGCCCAGGUGGCUCUGCGCAGGCAGCAGGAGGCACAGCUGAAGAGGCACCUGGCUCAGGGCCUAAUGAGGCAAGGGGCGGCCCCCCCACGAGCCCCCAGCCGAAUCAAGAAGGGAACCACUGACCCAGGACUCCCCUCUGGAAAGGAGAACACGGGGCCCUUGCCUCAGACCCCCCAUGGGGCAGUCCCACUGGCAUUAACACCCCCUGUGAAGAACUCUCCAGGGCCUCUGUUGCUCAGCUGCCCCCCAGAAGCCUUGCCUCUGCCCUGGACUCCGAUGCUUCCAGGCCCUUGGGCCCCUGGACACUGGCUGCCUCCCAGCCUUUCAAUGCCACCCCCAGUGGUGUGCCGCUUGCUGUGCCAGGAACCUGCUGCUCCCCUGCACUCCUUUCCUGGAUUUGACCCUGGCACUUCCCUCAGGCUGCCCACCCAUGGGUCUCUCCCAACUUGCCCAGGACCUCGCCCUAUACUGACGGCUCCUCUUUCCGGAGAAUCCCAAGGGCCCCCUGUCCUGCCCCGCACAUGCUCAACUCUGAUAUUCCAACCCUGUGGCACUCCAGAUCCUCUGCUGCUACAACCCCAGGCUUCUGGAACCUCCUCCCGCCUGACCUGGACCUCUGCUUCUUCAGAGCGGCAGCUGCAGCGGGAGGCAGCUGAGGCUCUUGUGGGACUCAAAGAUUCUUCCCAGGCUCCCCGUCUGACCCCUUCUGUCCCCCCCAACCCUGCCUGGAUCUCCCUACUCCACCCCUGUGGCCCCCCAGCUCCUGCUGGAGGAAGAGGAUUUCAGCCUGUUGGUCCCACUCUGCGCCCCAGCCCCACUUCCUCCGUGGCUCUGCAUAUUGGGCGACUGGGGUCCAUCUCCCUCCUCACCUAG